GCGGAGAUACGCUUCUACGAGUUACGACCGUUCGCAUGAAAUCGCGUUUCCUUCGAUUCUCUGCUGCAAAAUUCUUCAAUCUCAAUUAAACAUUCGUUUAACUUACUUGAAAGAUCCCGGCGAAAGACUAACCAUAAAUAAGAAACUCUAAAACAAAAAGGAGGAGGAGAAUGGUAUUUGUAAUUCACGAUGAAGCACGACGAUCGCGCAGUCAGUAAAUCAGUGUCUUGAUAACGAUUACACUUGCAUUGAUAAAAUAAAAGCAGAUCAUAAACCAGUAAAAAGUCAACCGUGAGACGGUACACGUCAGACAUGAAGAACUCUUGUGUUUCUUUUCCACGUUGAUUUGCAUUUGUGUCCGCACGGUAACGUCAUUUUCUACUCCGUCCACAACUAAGAGGUAAGCAUGUCGUUGUUCAAAGCGCGUGCCGCCCCCAGGUCCCCUACGUCGGAGAAGGUUUUGAACGGUGGAUCUCAUUACCAUAAUCAUCAUAAUCAAGCAAAUGGUAACGAAAACGAUCAGGAAGGGUCUGAAGGGACUCAUAAUCAACAACAAAAUGGUAACCAAGAGCAAAGGCGAUCCUCUAAAGUACAUAAGCCUCCUCUAGUCUUCUACUGUCAACUGGCUCAUGGAAGUCCAACAGGAUUGAUAUCAGGAUUCAAUAAUGUACGAGAACUUUAUCAGAAAAUAGCGGAUUGCUAUGAUAUACCAAUGGAAGAAAUCCUCUUUUGUACCCUGAAUACUCACAAAAUAAAAAUGAGCGAGUUAUUGGGAGGCCAGAUAGGAGUAGGUGACUUUAUAUUUGCACACAGAAAAGGGAGACGUAAAGAGAUAGAAUUGGUGAAAACGAAUGACUCCCUCGGAUUAACCAUAACCGACAACGGUACAGGGUACGCCUUCAUAAAGCGCAUCAAAGAAGACUCGAUAAUCGAUAGGAUAAAAGUGAUCGAGAUUGGAGAUCACUUGGAAAAAAUCAACUCCACCAGUCUAGUUGGCAAACGUCAUUUCGAAGUGGCAAAGGUGUUGAAAGAGAUCCCUAAGGGAGACACAUUCACGCUAAGGCUUGUGGAACCAUUGAAAAAUGGUUUUGCCAAUAUUGGUCCACGAGGUGAUACGAAGAAAGGAAAAAAAUCUGGUUAUGGAACUGGAAAGGAAACCCUCAGGUUCAAAGCUGAUGGAAGUGCACAGAUUAUAGAAAAGGUGGAUGAUGCUGCCACCAUAGCCAUAGAGAAGAUCAACGUGAUCCUAGAAAGCUUCAUGGGCAUCUAUGACACGGAAUUAGCUACACAAAUUUGGGAGCUUGCAGAGGACAAGCGCAACAGCAGUGAAUUUGCAGAAGCAAUCGAUAAUUCGGAUUUAGAGGCUUUCGGAUUUACGGAUGACUUUGUCAUUGAGUUAUGGGGCGCUGUGACUGAUGCCAGAGCUGGAAGACAUCGAUGAUGUCGACGAUUAUGCCAAUUAAUAGAAUCAAACAAGGAAAGAGCCAAGAGGAUCCCUUUUCUAUUAUUAGUAGCUUAAAAUUUGUGCCGUAAAAAUGUGGCAUGCAGAUAACAAUUGAAUUGUAAAUUAAUUGUAGUAGUUAACGCUUAGAAUUUGUACAAUUUAUAUUAUAAAUUUAUACAUAUUUAAAAUUAUACAAAAUAAAAUAAUAAAUAAACUUGAAAAAAUUA